CGCUGAAACAACACCUAGCAAAAUGUCUACGGCCAACGAAUUCUCCAACGACAAGAUGGACCAAGAUAAAUAGUCUGCGUCCCAUGAGAUGGAGGCAUCGCUUGGCUUAGAUGAGGAUAAUGGGGAGUUUGAAGAGGUCAAGGCCGUGCGGCAGGGCCUUCAUCAGCGACAUAUCCAGAUGAUUGCCCUGGCUGGUACCAUUGGGACGGGUCUCUUCCUCAGUUCGGGUCAAGCAAUUGCUCGCUCCGGGCCCUUGGGUGCCUUCCUAGGCUACCUUAUCAUGGGUUGUGUGGCCGGCUUCGUCACCCUUGUCGUGGGUGAGAUGGGGGUCCUCAUUCCUCUGAACGGGGGCAUUGUCCGCUACGCUGAAUUCUUUGUGGAUCCGGCGUUGGCGUUUGCUAAUGGUUACAACCUGGUUUAUUCGUACCUGGUGUCUAUUCCCGCCGAGCUUGUGGCCGCGGCUGUGCUGGUGCAAUUCUGGUCGGACCUGAACAGUGCGAUCUGGAUCACGAUAUUUGGCCUGGUCAUGUUUUGCACGGCCCUGGUCUUUGUUCGCGUUUACGGAGAGCUCGAGUUCUUCUUCUCCACGCUAAAGAUCUUGCUGGUUAUUGGAGUCAACAUUAUGGUGCUUGUCAUUACCUGUGGCGGUGGUCCUACGCAUGAAUCUAUCGGCUUCCAAUAUUGGCGCAACCCCGGUCCUUUCGUUCAGUACCUUGACAUAGGUGGUUCUCUUGGCCGGUUCCUCGGUGUCUGGACAGCCUUGAACAACGCCCUUUACUCUUAUUCUGGAAUUGAAACAAUCACUGUCGCAGCUGGAGAGACCAGGUCGCCUAGACAGGCCAUUCCGCAGGCUACCAAGCGAAUCUUCAUUCGUAUCUUGCUCUUCUAUGUCAUCUCGAUCUUCAUGAUCGGUCUCGUGGUCCCGUCCAAUGAUCCCGACCUUGACAAGUCCGGCGGCACAGCAUCUGCAUCACCGUUUGUGAUCGCAGCCACUCGAGCAGGAAUCAAGGUAGUCCCGUCCAUCAUCAAUGCCGUCGUCAUCACAUCAGCCUGGUCGUCAGGCAACUCCAACAUGCUAGGCGGGUCAAGGAUUUUGGUCGGGCUGGCCAAGAACGGUCGCGCUGCCAAGUUCUUCACUCGCCUCAACCGCUUCUCGGUACCAUGGGUCGCGAUCUCACUCUAUGGUCUUUUCAUGGCCAUGGGAUACAUGUCACUAUCGUCGAGUGCCAACACGGUGUUCAACUGGUUGCAAGAUCUGGUCUCCAUUACCACUUUGACAAACUGGCUCACCAUUCUGGUGACGUACCUUCGCUUCUACUACGGCUGCAAGAAGCAAGGAAUCUCGCGAAAGACUCUACCAUGGGUGGCGCCACUUCAGCCAUACAUCAGUUGGGUCUCGCUCUUCCUGCUCAGCCUUCUCCUUAUAACGGGCGGCUACUCGACCUUCAUCCGGGGAUACUGGGACAAUGAAACCUUUGUCUCGUCGUAUAUCAACAUUCCUCUUUUCUUGAUACUGUACUUUGGAUACAAGGUAGUCUAUAAGACUAGCAUUGUUCCUUUGGAAGAUAUUCCAAUCCAGCCGUUCAUUGAUAUUGCCAAUCGCAAUCCCGAGCCGCUACCAAAGCCUAAAAAGGGGCUUCGAAAGCUCAAUAUCUUGUGGGGUUGAGGCAAAUUCCGAC